AUCGAAAUUCGACAGUCAACACCAGGGGAACAGAGCGGCAACAUCCUCUACAGGCAACAUCGAUCUUACCCCGCCGUGCUCUUUUUUGUGUGAUUGCUGUGAAAUCCGAGUUCAACGGUCCAACACGCAGCAAUGCCGCAUUCCGACCCCCCGGUCGCCGCUGAAGACGACACCGCCCCUGAAUCAACCGCACGGUUGGAGGAGGACCCCGCUGCUGCGGCCGCCAGUAGCUCGGCGGAGGAGGAAGAUGUCAUCAUGGCCGAGGCCGAUGGAGUACAAGGCGUGGUAGAAGAGCACAUCCCAGGGGCCGAGCCCCCUUCGGCGCAGGCGCAGGCGGGGGCAGAGGAGGCAGACGACGACAUGGUCGAGAUCACGCAGGAGCAGAGGCCAGGCGUCAAACUCGAGGACUUGUUUGACGGCGAGGACUCAGAAGACGAGGAAUUCCCAAGCUCCAGCAACGCCUUGAAAGUCGAGGACCAAGGAGCGGCCACUGCCGACGACGCUGCUGCCUUCGAGCUUCUUCGCACGUACUACCAACGAUGUUUUCCCUGGCGGUACAUGUUCCAAUGGCUGAACCACAGCCCGGUGCCGACGAACGACUUCAAGCACCGCGAGUUCAGCUUGUGGCUGCACAAUGAUGCCGUCAUGCGAUACCAGUCCUACAUGACCUCGGACUUAUUCCGGAAAGAUGUGUUGCGCCUCAUGCCGAGGCGGAUAGAAAUCGGCCCUGUCUACACGGCAGACCCGAGAGACCACAAGACCUUCCGCAAUUCAACCGCAUUCCAGGCCCUGGCCAAGGAGUUGUGCUUCGACAUCGAUUUGACAGACUACGACGAUAUUCGGACGUGCUGCGACAAGGCCAACAUCUGCCACAAGUGCUGGAGGUUUAUCACCAUGGCCAUCAAGGUGCUCGAGGCCGCGCUCCGGGAGGACUUUGGCUUCCAGCACAUCCUGUGGGUGUUUUCCGGCCGCCGCGGCGUCCAUGCCUGGGUCUGCGACAAGAAGGCCAGGACUCUGGACGACCAACAGAGAAAGGCGAUCACGGGCUACUUAGAGGUCGUCACUGGCGGCACGCAAGGCGGCAAGAAGGUUAAUCUCCGUCGGCCGCUGCAUCCCCACCUGUCACGAAGCCUAGACCUCCUCAAAGACCACUUCCAGCAAGACGUGCUGGAGGUGCAAGACCCGUGGAGGACGGCCGAGAAAGCCGAGGCGCUGCUGCAGCAGAUCCCGGACCCGUCGCUGCGGGCGGCGCUGCGCAGCAAGUGGGAGGCCUCGCCGGGGCGCAGCUCGGCGGCCAAGUGGGCCGACAUCGACGCGCUGGCGCAGAGCGGCGCGUCCUCGGCCGCGCUCGACCCGCGCGACCUGCUCGACGCCAAGCAGGACGUCGUGCUCGAGCACACCUACCCGCGCCUCGACGCCAAGGUCACCCAGCAGCUCAAGCACCUGCUCAAGAGCCCCUUCGUCGUGCACCCGGGCACCGGCCGCGUCUGCGUGCCCAUCGACCGCGCCCGCCUCGACGCCUUCGACCCGCUUGCCGUGCCUACGCUGCAGGACCUCGUCCGAGAGAUCGACGCGUGGGGCGGCGGCGGCGGCGGCGGCGGUGCGGAAGGGGUGAUGGCGGAUGGCGGCGGCCUGGAUGUGAAGCCUGUGCAGGACUGGGAGAAGACAAGCCUGAAGCCGUAUAUUGAGUAUUUCAGGUCGUUUGUGACGGCGCUGAUGAAGGACGAGAAGGAGGCCGCGGUCAAGAGGGAGCGCGAGGAGGAGGGGGUCCAGGUGAAGGUGGAGUCGCUGGAGUUCUAGUUUCGUCCGAGACGGGUAGUUUACCGGCUCGGCUCCGUCUCUGGCUCUGGAUGGGAUACCGCGAUUCGCGGGUGUUACGGUCAUGCCGACGGUCACUUGGGGAAAUGCAGCGGG